CAAAAGAUUUUGGCACUCCUUAAGUCUGCAAAAUACUAUUCUAUCAUUCUAGACUGUACCCUUUACAACAGCCAUAUUGAACAAAUUACUUUAAUGGUUCGUUUUGUAACAGCAACAGAAGCAAGCAGUAGUGUUCCUGCAGAAGUGAAUGUUCGAGAACAUUUUCUAGAGUUUAUUGAUGUAGAUGAUACCAAAGGAGCUGGAAUGGCAAAUGUGCUACUAAGAAAGCUGGAAGAAAUGGGAAUUGCUAUAAUGGAUAUGAGAGGACAGAGUUAUGAUAAUGGAGCUAAUGUGAAAGGGAAGAAUAGUGGGGUACAAACACUGCUGCAGGAAUUAAAUCCUCGAGUAUUUUCUGUCCCAUGCAGUUCCCAUUCAUUAAACUUGGUAGUCACUGAUGCAGCUUCAAGUUUUACUGAAGGUGUUGAAUUUUUUAAUGCAAUUCAAAGUAUCUAUAUUUUUUUCUCUGCUUCACCUCAUCGCUGGGAAGUAUUAAAGCAAUAUGUGGGAAUUUCCCAUCUUAGUAUGAAACCUCAGAGUGGCAUAAGAUGGGAAAGUUGCAUAGAGGCAAUAGAGGCUAUUCGACAGCAGGUUGGGGAAGUAUAUGAUGCCCUAAGUGCUGUUAUAGAGGAUGGAGCUUUGACAGGAGCUGCUCAUAGCAAAACACAGAUAGAGGGGGAGAGGAUUGCUAGAAAUAUGUGCAACUUCAACUUUCUGUGUAGUUUAGUUUUGUGGCAUGAUAUAUUGUUUGAAAUAAAUGUUGUAAGUAAGAGACUCCAGGAUGUUAAUCUUGAUAUAACAGGGGUAGUAAAACAACUUGAUAAAACAAGGUCGUAUCUUCAGUGUUACUGGUCAGAUGAAGGGUUUGAAAAUGUUUUGAAAAGUGCUGAAAAGUUGGCAGAGGAGCUUGAUAUUGAUGCUGAUUUUCCACCUUUACAAGAUACUAAAUCUCGCCAUGUCACAGGUUUGGGUUAUGAAGCGCACAUCACAGAUCCCAAACAACAUUUCAGAGUUAAAUUUUUUAAUCAAGUUUUAGCCUGUACUAUCCAGUCAGUUGAAGAACGUUUCUUGCAGCUGAAAGAACACAGCACUUUGUUUGGGAUGCUUUAUGAUAUAAAAAACAUCAAUGAAACUAGAUCUGAAGAAUUACGUCAGCAGUGUGGGGCACUAGAAAAGAUCUUGACUCAUGGCAAAGUGCGUGAUAUUGAUGCAAAUGAUCUCUACGAUGAGUUGAAAGCACUCUCCAAAUAUGUUUCUGUGGGCUCAACACCAAAGGAUGUUUUGGAAUAUGUUUGUUCAAGAAAGAUGAUAGUCCUCUUUCCAAAUGCAUUUAUUGCUCUACGCAUACUUUUAACACUUCCUGUAACUGUUACCACUGGAGAGUGUGGUUCUUCCAAGCUGCAGCUAAUAAAAACACACCUGUACUCCACAGUGAUGCAGGAUAGAAUAGAUGGACUUGCAACUCUAUCAGUAGAGCAUGAGCUGGCUCAAACUAUUGACCUUAAAGAAGCAGUUCAUAUCUUUGCAACCAAGAAGGCACAGACAUCACCAUUUUGAUCAAUAUUUCUAUGGGUAAUAAAGGAGCAGUUCAUAUCUUUGUAAUCAAGAAGGCGCAGAGCUCACUAUUUUGAUAAUUUUCAAAAUAGGCUAUUUUCUAUGCUGACUAGAAAUGUUAAGUGCUACUUGGAAACAUUCAAAUUAGCUGAUGUCUUGAAAGCCCAUGUUCAUUCCUGUCUCUUUUCACCUGGCAGUGCAGAGCAUAAUUGUGAUACAGAUGAUCACUCUGGGAAGCUUGCAUUAAACAUAGCCCCACUUCUUUCUCAUGCGUGCAUACUCAUCCUUUUAAAGAGUUUCCAGCUCAUUCUGUUCUUGAGAACCAGCCCUGGCCAUAUCUCUUCACUGAAACCCAGUGUAGUGCCAUCAUUUAGUUCCUGAGCAAUCAAGAUGCCAUGUUGACUCUACAAUAGAGGUAAGGCCAUGGAAGUGCUGCUUGAAGUCUGAGGUAGUCCUUAAUUAAAAUUAUGAGAUGUCAGACUGGAAUGUUUGAAGAUGUCUUGAAACAUCAAGGAGACAAGAUGCUACAGUUUCCUGUGUAGAAUAAUUUUAUACUUUUGAAAGAAGCUAUGUAUUGUGGCUUGAUAUUGUUUCUGAAACAAGACUUAUACAGGAUAUUUAAGGCCAUUCAGCUUUUCUUAGGAUAGUAUUUUUCAACUUUUUUUCCAAAGACCAUCCUGCAAAAUUGAUCUGCUUUGCAUCCUGUCUCUUUUAAGAUAUCACGGUCCUUGCAUAAAAGUUAGGAGGAUAGAAGGAAAUUUGCCACCAAACUAGACAUGAUGAUACACGUAUGCCCUAUCCUAUAAAAAUAAGGUCUUGUUUUGUAUGUCUCCUUUAUUACACUCAAGUCAGUACUUGUAUGCCUUAUUUU